CAUCUCACAAGAUACUUGAGAUUUGUCCACGGGCAGAUGUAGCUCCUUGCAGCAGCAGUAAAUGUCUGAAUGGAGGAGUUUGUCAGGAUCUCUGGUCCCAUCACUACUGCCAGUGUGCUGAGAAUUUCACUGGACCUAACUGUGAUACCAAUGUCAAUGAGGAUCAUGGAUUAUUUCUCAGUGAGGGGACAUAUGUUGAAUUUGUUGUCAAGGAAAGCUACAUUAGAAACCAGUUGCUUCAAGCCUUUCUGAAUGAAAAAGCAAUUGAAGGGUUUGUAAAUUUUGAGAUCAAAAUGAGGACAACCAAAAAGGAUAGUGUUUUCAUUUUUUGUCAAAGUAAAACAGUGCACCUCAAACUUAUGAUACUUGAUGGGAAACCUCUGUACAAGUUCACACAUUUAAUGUUGGGACACCAAUGGGAGCUUGGUGUGGACAGUAGUGUUUCGGAUGGACAAUGGCAUGUCUUUCUCUUGCGCAGACAUGGACCAAACAUCAUUUUACUCCUGGAUGACCAGCUUGUUUGGAAUAUCAGCCAUAGCAUCAUUAACCAAACUGUGGUUUUCAUAGAGAUGAUCACUCUGGGGUCAGCAGCAUCUGGUGAUUCAAGAGAUCGAGAUUUAGAUUUUGUAGGGUGUGUGGACUACCUCAAACUGAAUGGACAUAUCUUACCCUUCAGUGGACACAAUGAGAUAGUAGAAGUGAAACCCAGUCCUUCACUCUUCCAGAAUGACUGUGUGUCUGCAGACCACUGCGUCCUCUCGCCUUGUAUAAGUAACAAUGACUGUAUUUCAUCUUCUUCAGAAAAUGGCUGGUGUAUCUGUUUACAGAAUGUCUCUUCUUCACUGUGUGGGCCAUGCUCAUCUCCUACUGAGUACAAUGAAGAUUGUCUUCAAACCCAGAAACGUCCCCCUUUAUGGAUUAUUGCUAUUUUGUUUCCUAUAACUCUCAUACUACUAAUCUUAAGCCUCUGUUUUUUCCUGAAGAGACGUGGGAAACGUUGGCACAUCAAACCCAAAAGUCAACCCUGUGUUGCAGCACCAACAAAACAGCAUGGCAUAGAUAAUGUGGCAUUCAAUCUAGACAAUGGUCAUGGUGUCCAAAACAUUUCCCAUGAGAACAGCAAGAAACCAGAUCUGAUAGUUGCAGGGGACAUGAUGCAGCGAGUUGAGAGCUUCAACAAUAGCCACCUAACAGGGUUUGGAGGAAGUGAGCUGGAGUACUAUGAAAUUGAAAGUACAUACACAACAUCUUGCUCUAUCAAGCCCCUGGAAAUAAACACAGAUAGUUAUGAUAGGUUAGGCCUGAUUGAGAGUUUGGGAGUAGAUGCUACUCCACAAACACAAAACUCGCAAGUUUCUCCAUCAAUAUGUGAACGAAAAACAAAGAUGGAUCCUCGUACCUCUCCUGAAACCUCAGCUAUUAGACAUGACAUACCAUAUACUAUGGGAGUUUGUGGUAAAGUGGAUGAUAGGUGCAAAAACCAUCAAGCCUACCUCCUUUCCAAGCUUACCCCUGAACUAACAGAUCCCCCUCGUUUCCUCUCAGUAGAUGAGGUUAAAAUACUAAGCAUUCCACUAGGUCACACCAAAAUAGGAGAGAGCUCAUCAGAAAGUGAUAGCCAAAGCACCUUCACUUGCUCAGAAUAUGACUGUGAGAGAGAACUCAGCUUUAUCAGGGCACAAAACAAGACCCAUGAACAUGUGAAUGAAGACUGGUCAAGAGGACAGCUCUUACUGGCUGUUCCAUCACCCUUCAGAGACAUCCAGACUCCUUCAGAUCGACCUGCCUCUGGGAACUUUCAGCAAUGGGAGCGCCUCCUUGACCUAGGAGUCCACUUUAAUACCUACUCAGAUGUUUUUGAGGACAUAGCAAGCCUCCCUGUCACUCAAAAACAUGAUUGUGAUGUUCACAGUGAUGAAGAACAUAUUAUUUGAAAACAUUACAGUAACUCUCAGCCUUUUUUAUGCAUACAGAUGCUCAUAAAGGUCAAUAUUACGCUCUACAUAUUCUUUAUGGCAAUGAGCUCUUUUCCUUUUGCUUGGAAGUUGAGGGUGUCAUAUAGUACAUUAUUCCCUAAGGUGUGAAUGUACUUUUAUAUACAGUACUGUAACUGAACAGAGUCACCAUGAAAACACCUUUCCAUUUGUUAAAGUGUGUUUUCUGUACCCUGAAUUAAAAUGCACUGGUUCCAUAGUUUCUAUAACAAGUCAGCAUUUGGAAACAGCACUCCAGAAUGAUACUCCAGUAGAGUUUAUCUGCAAGUUUUGACAUGCAAUAUAAUUUUAUUCAGUGGCACGGUGGUGUAGUGGUUAGCACUGUCACCUCACAGCAAGAAGGGUCUGGGUUCAAGCCCAGUGGCCAAUUUCUGUGUGGAGUUUGCAUAUUCUCCCCGUGUCUGUGUGGGUUUCCUCCGGGCGCUCCGGUUUCCCCCACAGUCCAAAGACAUGCAGGUUAGGUUAAUUGGUGGCUCUAAAUUGACCGUAGG